AUGGAUCUAGAAAUGCUAAUGCUAGCUGUGUCUAGAAAUGAAUUGAGUGGGCCCAUCCCAUCAAUGUUGCCUCCUAAUAUGUGGAUAUUGUUACUUAAUAACAAUUUGUUUAGUGGCAAUAUUCCUUCAAGCUUGGGUAAAUUAUCUCAACUUGUGCUAUUAAAUCUUGCAAACAACAACUUAAUUGGAGUUAUUCCCGUGAGCUUGGCUGAAUGUUCUUACCUCCUUGGCCUAAAUUUGGGAAAUAAUAGUUUGCAGGGAAGCUUACCACAUGAGUUUAGUAAGCUGGGUGAAUUAUAUUCAUUAGUUGUUCAUAGUAAUAAUCUCAAUGGAUCAUUGCCCUCUUCAAUAUCAAAUUGUUCAAAGUUACAGGUGCUUAAUAUUGGGAACAACUCAUUUGAGGGUGAAAUACCAACAUCAUUGAAAAACCUCUCAAAGUUAAGAGUAUUGGUGAUGAAGAAGAAUAAUUUUAUAGUUUCAAAUACUCCAUAUCAAGAAGGACUGGAUAUGAAUUUAAAAGGCACACUUGAGCACUACAAGUAUAUUUUUUCCACUCUCACAUCCAUAGAUCUCUCACACAAUGAAUUGGAGGGAGAAAUUGAUCCUAAUUUGGGGAAAUUGAAGGGGUUGAGGCUUUUGAACCUCUCAAUGAACAAUUUGAAAGGAACCAUUCCAAAUAGUUUGGCAGAAAUGAAUCAGUUGGAGUCAUUAGACCUUUCAAGAAAUCAUUUUUCAGGACAAAUCCCUAUAGAGAUUGCAUUUCUAAAUUUUUGGGGUUCAUUAAAUUUAUCAAACAACAAUCUUUUAGGAAGUAUACCACAAGGACAGCAUAUAACUAACACAUUUGGAGAAUCCUCUUUUUCAAGGAAUCCAAAUUUGUGGGGAUGUCCCUUACCAAAAAAAUGUUCUUGGCCACAAUUUGUUGCUCCUCCUUCUCCAACUUCAAUUAACCAAGGAAAGAAAAGCAUUGGAUAUCCAUGGUAUAAGAUAUCAAUGGGAUUGUUAUAUGGAGUGGCUUUUGGAGGGCUGAUUUCAUUGAUCAUGAUAAAAAUCAGUUGGAGAAGAAAAUACUUCAAUAAAGUUGAUACAAUCUUGAAGUUUUUGUUUCCAUGGAUGAAGAAUUGGACACUAUGA